AUGAGGACCAGGGUGGUGACUCGGGCAACUUGCCCCGCCGUCGCGGCAUUCCGUCACCGCGGCGGCGGCGUCUCGAGCUGGCCUCGCGAUCACAGGUGCUACUCGACACACCUUCCCAACGCACGACUGAAUGUACCCAUCGAUUAUACGACGACUAACCUGCUGGCACAGACGUCGCAGGCGGCGCUGCGCAGCCCAGAGCUCCCAGAGGAGAUCCGCCGCGGGUCGACGCGGAAGAUGAACCUCUUCCAGGCGGUCGGGGACGCGCUGAACAUCGCCCUGAGCACGGACGAGACGGUGGUGGUCUUUGGCGAGGAUGUCGCGUUCGGCGGGGUGUUCCGGUGCACCAUGAAGCUGGCCGAGACGUACGGCGGGGACCGGGUCUUCAACACGCCGCUCAACGAAGGGGCCAUUGUGGGGUUCGGCAUCGGCCUGGCCGCGUCGGGCAUGAGGCCCGUGGCGGAGAUCCAGUUCGCAGACUACGUCUUCCCGGCCUUUGACCAGUUCGUCAACGAGGCCGCCAAGUACCGGUACCGCGAGGGCGCGUGUGGCCGCCACGCCGGCGGCCUGACCGUCCGGAUGCCCUGCGGCGGGGUCGGCCACGGCGGACUAUACCACACGCAGAGUCCCGAGGCGCUCUUCACCCACGUGCCGGGGAUACGAGUCGUCGUGCCGCGCUCGCCGGCCCAGGCCAAAGGUCUGCUGCUGGCGUCGAUCCGGUCCAACGACCCCGUCAUAUUCAUGGAGCCCAAGAUCCUGUACCGCGCCGCGGCAGAGCAGGUGCCCACGGGAGACUACGAGCUUCCCCUGUCCAAGGCCGAGGUGGUCAAGCAGGGCAGCAACGUCACCGUCAUCUCGUACGGUCAGCCCCUCUACAACUGCAUGGCCGCCAUCGCGCGCGCCGAGGAGGACAUGGGCUUGUCGGCGGAGCUCGUCGACCUGCGUACCGUGUGUCCUUGGGAUAGACAGACCAUAUUUGAGAGCGUGCGCAAGACGGGAAGGGUCGUCGUCGUCCACGAGUCGAUGAAGAAUGGGGGUGUCGGCGCAGAGGUCGCCGCCGCAAUACAGGAGGAUCCGGAAACCUUUCUCCGCCUCGAAGCUCCCGUGUCACGGACGGCUGGCUGGGAUAUCAACACUGGGCUGUCCUACGAGAAAUACAACAUCCCAGAUGUUGCGAGUACGCUGCUCCUCCCCUGGGGUUUUUCCCCUGAAGGAACAGGAGAACCGAAUACUGACCAUUGA